AUGGAACCAGCUCAACAAAACCAGAGACCCUCCUCUUCUCUCCCUCUUCCUCCUCCCGAGGUAGAUGAUGAUCCUCGCCGCACUGUGAACGGCGGCGUGUUCAAAUUGACUGACGUGGAAUUUACCGACACAGCUGUUUAUCAGUGUGAAGCAUCCAACAAAUACGGAUCCAUCCUCCUCAACACCUACAUCUAUGUUGUUGAGCUGCCUCCUCAGAUCCUGUCGUCUGAUGGAGUCGUGUACAGAGUCACUGAGGGCGGAGACAUCGAGCUGCACUGUGAGUCCUUCGGCUCGCCGCGACCACACGUCACAUGGGAGGGCGAGGACACGGGGCCUCUGCUGUCGGACCCUCGUAUCUCCCUGCUGACCAACGGGACGCUCCGGCUGUCCGACGUCGGUCACGAUGACGCAGGAGCGUACACCUGCUCAGUGCAGGACAAAAACAUCUCCAUCACUGCUCAUCUGGAGGUCUUCAACCGGACGGUGAUACUGACAAGGCCGCAGGACGUGCGAACGCCCAGAGGAGGAGACGCUCUGCUGGACUGUCUCUUCUACAAAGACCCUCGGCUGAACAGAUCCCAGAUCGUCUGGAGGAAAGAUGGACACAAACUGCAGGAAUCCUCACCAGACGACAAAGUCACUAUCUUUGAGAACGGCGCCUUGAAAGUGACAGACGUCCAAUCAGACGACACGGCGUCUUACUCCUGUGAGGUCAUCACUGACCUGGACCAUGUGACAGCGAGCGGCUCCAUCACUGUAGUCGCACGGCCGGACCCUCCCAAAGAUCUGUCUCUGUCUGAGGUGGACGACUACAGCCUCACUCUCAGCUGGAUCCCCGGACACUCACACAACAGCCCCGUCACAGGGUUCAUCGUGCAGAGCAGAGAGGAGCAGCACUCGGAGGAGGGGAAGUGGAGUUGGGAGGAGUUGAAGAGAGUUUCUGGAGAUGUCAACAGCCUGCAGCUGACCCUCCACCCCUACUGUACCUACCGCUUCCGGGUCAUCGCGGUCAACGAGCUGGGCCCCAGCGAGCCCAGCGAGUCUUCAGACUUCCACAGCACGCCCCCUGCUGUUCCUGGCAGUAACCCCACAGGUGUGCGCAGUGACUCCAUAGAUCCAGGGACUCUGAUCAUUACGUGGGAUGAGAUGCACAAGCGCUUACAUAGCGGCCAGGGAUUCCAGUACAAGGUGUCAUGGCGGGAGGCCGGGGGCAAGGGUGUACACUGGAACCACAGCUACGUCAGGUCGCCGCCCUUCUUGGUAAACGGAACAGGAACAUACACACCGUUCGAGAUCAAAGUCCAGGCCGUCAACUCACUGGGAGACGGUCCUCCACCAGAACCUGAGAUCGGACACUCCGGAGAGGACAAGCCUGAGGAGCCUCCCAGCGGAGUUAAAGCGACCGUGAUGAACAGCACAGUCAGAGUGACGUGGAACGAAGCCCAGAGGGUCCGAGGUCUGCUGAGGGGAUACAAGAUCUACAUCAGGAGGUUGGGUGUGCCGGGGGCCCGGGGCCGGAGGUCCCUCGGGAAGCAUCAUCACGAGGAAGAGAGGAGGCGGGAGAGAGGACAGGAGCGAGGGAAGGAGAAAGACGAGUGGAGUAAGGUGGUGGUCGUUCAUGGCAUGAAGACUUCAGAGGAGGUGACCGGGCUGCAACUGUUCUCUCGGUACGAGCUGUCCGUCACCGCCUUCAACAGCAAAGGAGAGAGCCCCCCCUCCCCAGCGCACCACUUCAACACCCCAGAGGGAGCUCCCGGCCCUCCUGCAUCACUGAGGUUCGAGAGUCCAUCGGAGAAGUCUCUGACGCUCUACUGGACGCCUCCGGCUGAAACCAACGGCAUCCUGCUGGGAUACGUGGUGCAGUACCAGCAGGAGGUGGAGAGCAGAGACAGUCCGGUGCAGAUGGAGAUCAUCAGCGAUCCCAGUAUGACUUACAUUAUGUUGGACUCUCUGGACCCCAGCAGCCAUUACAUCUUCAAAGUGAUAGCACGCACCAGCGCCGGGGACGGACCUCCCAUCACACGCAGGGGCGCCACCCUGCUGGACGGAGUUCCUCCAUCCAACAUCACCAUAAUUCCCAGUAACACAUCCCUCAACCUGAGCUGGGUGCCGGGAGAGCGAGACAGGAACCACGGCUUCCACAUCCACUACCUCCGGAAGAGCGCUGGGGAUCAGUGGGAGGAGUCAGAGGUGUUGAACUCCACGCAGGGUUUCUAUUCGCUGACAGGCCUCCAACCAGGAACUCAGUACCGUCUUAAGAUCAUACAUGGAAACAAGACUCACUGGGAAGAUGUGACAUGGACCAGAGGACCAGUGCCGUCGGAGGUGGCCGGUGGAUUUGCCACCCAGGGUUGGUUGAUCGGACUCAUCAGCGCCAUCGUGCUGCUGGUGCUGAUACUGCUCAUUCUCUGCCUUAUUAAACGCAGCAAGGGCGGCAAAUAUGCAGUGAAGGACAAAGAAGACAAGGAGGUGGACUCUGAGGCUCGGCCCAUGAAGGAUGAAACUUUUGGAGAGUACAGAUCCCUGGAGAGUGAUGCAGAUGAGAAGCGUUCGGACAGCCAGCCGUCUCUGUGCGGGGAGAGCAAGCUGGGGAGUGACGACUCUUUGGCGGAAUACGGAGACAGCGUGGACAUCCAGUUUAACGAGGACGGCUCCUUCAUCGGCCAGUACAGCGGCCGGGGGCCCGUUCCCCACGGCAACGAGAGCUCCGGUCCCGCCUCCCCUGUUAACGCAGUCCCCCCUCCUCCCAUCGCUCCAUCCAUGUCAACCAUCCUGAACCGGCCCAGCUAGACACACACACACACACACACACACACACACACACACACACUGCCUGCAACAACACACACACAGUCUCAGUACAUUCCACAGGUUUAUACAGUGAAGUGUUUACAGGAUGUCCAAGUUUACACACACACACACCUACAGACAAGAACACACACUCAGAUAGCUCUUCACAGAGGGAGGAUGAAGAUGAUGGCUGAUGUGAUGAAGACUGAGACAAAGGGGAGAAAAGUUUUUUCAUCUGUGACCAAAAUGUCUCAACCACAUGAACAUUUAAAUGAUCAUUCUGGUGAUUUUCUACAUACCAACAAUGACCCGUAGAUCAGUUCAUCGUUGGUUUAGAUCCAAACGUGACAUUUGGUGACAAGAACAAAAACCACCAGAAUGAUGCUUUAACGUCAUGUUUUUACCUUUAAUAAUGUUUAAUUUUCAGUUAGUGCAUCAUUAUCACCACUGUGUGUCUUUGGUUCUGCAGUUUAUGAGAUAUUUAUUUGUGUUCAUGUGUGCAUGCGUCUGGGAAUGAUUUGACUAUUUAUUGAUGUGUGUGUGACUGUCAAACCGAAGAUGCAUGACCCCCCCCCCCCACACCACCACCACUGAGGCAUUCAAAAGUCACGUAGUUGAUAUUUAGAGUAUGAUUUUAAAGUGCGACUGUUACUCUGUGUGUGUGUGUGUGUGACUGUUCGUGCUCUCCUGUUGCCUUAAGAGAGUCCAGCUGAGCCUCCUCACGUUCUCCGUCGUUCUGUCCAUCUGGCCUUCAUCUGUUUCUCCUCACAAACAUUCCUCUCCCAUCGUCCUCCUGUUUGCUCAGCAGGUGAAAAUGCAGGAUCAGAACAUCAUCAUAGACAGAAAGACACUCCUAUGCACACACAGACACACACAGACACACACAGACACACACAGACGAUGCAUACAUAAAGAAACCACACGGAGAGCCGGUCCUUUGUAGCAAACCAUACAGGAGCGAGGGAGGAGCGAGGGAGGGAGAGGAGGACAGAAUCACGAGGAGGACAAGAAGGAGAAAGAAAUGAGAUCUGACGUAUCAUUCUCUGAAUGUAAAUAGAACCUUGAGAUUGUCAUUUUUUAAUUUUCAUCAAUUCUUUUAUAAGAUGAUCAAACUGUAAUUUUUUUUUUAUCUGUUGCUGUGUUUGAUUUUGUACUGCAGCACUGAAGCUGAGCUGCUGUAGCAUUUGUAUCAUACAACCCCAACACCAUCGUCUCCUCUUAGUUACUCUUUUCCUCUUGUGUCGCUUCGUAGAUCAGACAUUUAGAGAAGACUAGAAUCAUAGCGAGAACAAACACCCCUCCCUUCAUCCACUUCCUUUAUAGCGCUUAGAGAUGCAGCAGAUAUUGUUGAUUAUUAAGAAGUCAUGUCAUAAACGUUAACAUUUAUACAUCCCAGUGAGGCAGCGCUUUUCUAAUGGACAUGAGUGUGAUGCAUUGAUGUCCUCUGCAGCCCUGGAUGGAUCAUACUGGAAAUCUAAAUACUUAGAGGGUUUAUUUCGUUGCCUUGGAGUGAAAGACAGGCGUGCACUGCUGGUGCCUCUUUGUGGCUCCACUUUGCCAGACAAACUCAACAUGACAGCUUGUGGGAAGAAGGAGUGCAAACCAAGGAUUUCUCAUGUGUUUGGACCCAGAGCUGAAGUUCGUUUUUAAUGUUUGUGGAGCAGAGAGGGAAUCAUUUAUACUGACAUCGCUGAGCAGAGAGCAGAGAGUGGUGUCUCUCAAGCUGGUGUUGGGUUUAUUUCAUAUUUUCUCAUUGUAAACAAACCCCAUAAAAAGACUAAAACCAACAAUGUGUCAGUCCAUCUCUCAGUAUUUUGCGACUCUAUACUCUGUGGCUCUCAGCCUCAAGCACAUUGGUUCCUACUGAAGAUAAAGCUUCUAUAACUUAUAUCUCUCUCCUCCACAGUCUGAGCUGUCAGUGUGUAAUGUGUUAUUGGCUCGUAGUGGUGAACCUACAGAGAAUUAUCAGUGACU